ACCCGGCGCUCGCCACAGCUGCUCUCCAACUGCUAUUUAAAAAAGGAAAAAGGAUGAAACUUCCACUCCUGACUCCUCAAACCCCCCAAGCACCAAACAUCCAGUAGCCGCUGUAGCUGUUGCCAACCCGGCAUAAAUGCCUACAGAACCCGGGCAGGACCGGACAGAAUCGCCCGCGGAUUAUUCCCGUCGCUCCACGGGAGGGAUUUAUGGUGGUGUCGCGCAGCAGACCGGUGGGAGAUCGCGCUCAUUCCGCACAACGGUUUAUCCGAUGCAUGAGACGACGGCUCGCGCUCUCGGGCAGCGACGCAGUCACGCAGAUUAACGGAUCAGGAUUUUGACUGCCGGGACAAAUGAAUACAAAUGAAUUUAGCGACCCGAAGGAGAGUCCGCAGAACCUCUCGUCUGGUGGCAAAGAGAGCUCUUCUUCUGUGUAUUCUACUUUACUGUACUUCUUUUGGAUUCACCCAAGUACUCUUUGAAGAUGUGGACGUGUUGCAGCGGUUGGCUCUGCGUGCUGAGCUCAGUUCUCGUGCCGUUCCCGCUGGCGUCAUCUCCCUCCGCUCUGGAGUCAUCCUCACGACACGGGUACGAGUUACCACGGCGACACGUUCCGUGUUCCCACCAGAACUCUUCUGGAACUGCACUCUCGUCCUGAGCGUCCGAUCUCACCGCUUAAACUCAGCAUUUCUCUUCUCCGUCCUAUCUGGGAAGCGAAUUCAACUCGGGCUGGAAAUUUCGCCCGGCAAGCUAACACUUCACGCCGGCCCUGGGAAUGCUGCGGUCUUUGCGUACAACCUCCAUGACGGGCGCUGGCAUCAUCUAGCCUUUGUUUUAAAUGGCCAAUCAGUGACCCUACACUCUCCCUGCUCGGAGAGCGAUGGCAGAGUUACACAGAAACUCCCCAUACUUCCCGAACGCCUGAACCCUCGCGGGACCUUCCGCUUGGGCGGCACCAGCGCUUUGCUUCCGGGUGUGGUACCGUUUGAGGGAGCGGUUUGCCAGUUUGACGUGGUGCCCUCGGCACAAGCACAGCAGAACUACUGCAGCGCCAUCCGCAGGCAGUGCAGAGAAAAUGACACCUACAGGCCAGCGCCUCCCGCUCUACUUCCCCUCCCGUCCAAACACGCCCCACCACUAUUGGCCCACACGUUACCACCUAAUCGCACUUUCACUUUCACUCCCACUAAUUUCCUUUGGACAUCCAUAAAUGGCGCAGGAGGGUCUUCUGCUGUGAGAAUGGGCAACGGUGUACGACCAAAACCCACGUCUACCACACCUCCACCCCUUUCCUUGAUGCAAACAGGACUUGAAAAUCCUUUAUCAUGGGGACAUUUAAAUUCUGUCACCCCCAAACCUACUCUCAGGACACCCAAAAGCCCCAAGCCGACUGCCUCAAAGCUUGGAGUGGUCUGGCUUACCCCUACAAAACCAGCCAGAUCCAGACCCACUCCAGGAAAAACGUCUCCAAAGCUUAGUGCAACAAAGCCUUCCGGACCAAAGCCCACAAUUGCUCGACCUACUUCUUCCAAACCUGGAAGUUCAAAAACAACUGGUGCCAAACCUACGCCACCGAAACCUUCCAAACCAGCAGCUGUAAAACCCACGGUAAAGAAACCAACUCUUACGCCAAAGCCCACCAAUAUCAACCCAACAAAGAAUACUUCUACUGGUGCUCAACCUAUCAAUCCUGACAAGAAACACAAUGCCAUUCUAAAACCGUUGUCCAACCCAGAACCGACCGCCCCCAAAAGACCCUCGCCAACCAACAAAAAGCCACUCCAGCCCAAAACCAGCACCCAACGCUCACCCCAAAGCACACUCCCAACCCCAAAAUCUACCGCCGCCCCAAACCCUACACCCAAAAAAAGCCUUCCGACGCCCAAAUCUGCUCCGUUCACCACCGCUGCACCAAACAAACCACCAAAAACUCUGGAAACCCCCAAAGUCAAUCCUGACAAGCUGAAAACACCUGUGCAUUAUGUCACACUGGGCACUCCAAGGUUUUCCGUCCAAUCUGUGACUGUUCCGGCUUUCAACGAUUUCCAGAGCUUCGAGGCGGAGCCCACAUACUUUUCGCUUCUGGUUGGACCGCCGGGACAAAAAGGAGAUCCCGGGAAAAUGGGAAUCCCGGGACCUCCAGGGAAACCAGGGCAGCCAGGGCUGAGAGGACCUCGGGGCCCCCCAGGACCACACGGCAAGCCAGGUCGACCCGGUCCAACAGGGUUGAAGGGGAAGAAAGGAGACCCUGGACUGUCUCCUGGAAAAGCACCAAAAGGAGAAAAAGGAGACGUUGGUCUGUCUGGUCCUGUUGGUUUAGUCGCGCCGGAAGGCCGGAAGGGACAAAAAGGCCAUCCAGGACCACCAGGCCUUCCCGGGGAACCAGGGGAACAAGGUCCUGAUGGAGAAGCUGGAGCCAAAGGCUAUCCUGGCAGGCAGGGUUUACCUGGUCCAAUAGGGCCUGUUGGGCCAAAAGGGGCUCGGGGUUUUAUUGGAAUCCCUGGACUCUUUGGUUUACCUGGAGCUGAUGGUGAAAGAGGUAGUCCUGGUCCACCGGGGAAGAGGGGCAAGAUGGGUAGGCCGGGUUUUCCUGGUGAUUUUGGAGAGAGGGGCCCACCAGGACUGGACGGGGAGCCAGGUGUUAUAGGGGCUCCUGGUCCUCCUGGUGUCCAUGGAUUGAUUGGUGAUAUGGGCCCUGUCGGGAUUAUCGGUUUGCCGGGACCAAAUGGACUGAAAGGCGUCCCAGGGAACAUGGGCGAGCCCGGACUGAAAGGUGAUAAGGGUGAUGUUGGGCUUCCUGGAGAACAAGGGGAAAUUGGGUUCUCAGGAGACAAGGGUGUGCAGGGUUUGUCAGGCUUACCUGGACCUCAUGGAAAACCAGGACCACAGGGCAAGACAGGAGAAAGAGGGUCCAGUGGAUUACCAGGCCCACCAGGACUCGAGGGUUUCCCUGGUGACAUCGGAAAACCUGGACUCAAUGGACCCGAGGGCCCAAAGGGUCUGAUGAGCAGUAAGGGGUUCCCUGGGGCUGUUGGACCUGAAGGGGUCAAAGGCGAGCAGGGUGUCACAGGAAAGGCUGGACCCAUGGGUGAGAGGGGUCUCGUUGGCUUCAUCGGCCCUGCAGGGGAGACUGGACUAGCUGGAGAGAAGGGUGAUCGUGGAGAGAUGGGAUUGCCCGGGCCUCCAGGAGAGAAAGGAUCUACCGGGCACCCAGGAACCCCUGGAGAGAGCGGCCCACCAGGACCACCAGGCAGUCCAGGCCCAUCGGGAUCACGUGGACCCAUCGGCAUGAGAGGAGCUAAAGGAAGACGGGGUCCUAGAGGUCCGGACGGUAUGCCAGGCGAUCUCGGUGCUGAAGGCAAAAAGGGUCUUGAUGGUCCUCCAGGAAAAAUCGGUUUCCCGGGACAAGCGGGCAAGAUCGGGGAGCCUGGGGAGGCGGGGCCAAAGGGAUUUCCGGGCAUUCAAGGGCCAUCCGGGGCUACAGGAGACAAAGGAAUCGCAGGGGAGCCAGGACCUCCAGGGCCCCCAGGAACACUCGGGCCUCCUGGAAAUCCAGGGCCAAAGGGCCCUGCGGGAAAAGUUGGCGAUCCCGGACUUCCAGGAGAACCUGGAGAAAAGGGGUCACUCGGGCCUGUGGGGAACGCUGGGGCAGCAGGACUAAUCGGAACAAGGGGAGAACCAGGUUUAGAGGGAGAGGCUGGUCCGGCUGGCCCUGAUGGUGCCAAGGGUGAAAAGGGCGACAUGGGCGGAGAGGGCGAGCAGGGUGUCAGAGGUGACCCGGGAAUCAAGGGGAAAGAAGGGCCACCGGGCGACCCUGGGCUUACUGGCGUCAGAGGUCCUGAAGGAAAACCUGGCAAAAAUGGCGAGAGAGGGAAGCCAGGGUUUAAGAGUGCCAAAGGUAACAUCGGCCACCUGGGAGAGACAGGAGCCAUGGGAAAGAUCGGACCAAUCGGAACCACCGGACCAAAGGGCUCUCGAGGAACCAUCGGAUAUGUGGGCAGUCCCGGGCGUAUGGGGAUGCAGGGGGAUCCGGGCAUAUCAGGAUAUGAGGGUCACAAGGGACCUCAAGGUCCAGUAGGACCCCCGGGACCAAAGGGUGAAAAGGGUGAACAGGGGGAUGAUGGGAAGGUGGAAGGUCCUACUGGUCCUCCAGGACUCCAAGGUCUAGUUGGAAAGCGAGGAGACAGGGGCGAGCCGGGAGAUCCAGGAUACGCGGGUCAGCAAGGUGUUGAUGGUUUUCGAGGCAAACCUGGUGCUCCUGGACUACCUGGUGAUCCUGGUCCACGUGGGAUACAAGGCCCUAAAGGAUCCAAAGGAGAACAGGGUCAGAAGGGUAAACGGGGUCAGCAGGGAGAGCGUGGCAGCAGAGGCUCACCGGGUGUUGUUGGGUUACCCGGCCCAAGAGGCACAGUGGGUCGAGAAGGACAGGAGGGCGUUCCUGGCAUGGAUGGGAUCCCAGGGAAAGAUGGAAGCAGAGGAAUACCAGGCGAUCAGGGAGAUGAUGGCGAGUUUGGUUUGCCUGGUAAACCCGGUGCACCUGGCAAAGUUGGCGUUAUCGGUUUACCAGGCCCACAGGGAUCAUUUGGUCCAAAGGGUGAGAGGGGCCUUCCUGGUCACACCGGCCCUUCAGGAAAGAGAGGUUUUAAAGGAGGAAUGGGCCUUCCUGGAUCUCAGGGAGACCGGGGUCCUAAAGGCCAAUCUGGUGACAUCGGGGAACCCGGCUUUCCAGGGAUGCUGGGAAUGUUUGGACCGAAGGGGCCUCCAGGAGACUUUGGACUGAAGGGCAUUCAGGGGCCCAAAGGGCCGCAGGGCAGCAUGGGUAGAGGGGGUUUAGCUGGACCUGUCGGUGUGAUUGGCCCUAUCGGUAGUCCAGGCCCGAGAGGAGACACUGGCAGCAAAGGAGAGAUGGGUGUUCAGGGACCUCGAGGUGCUCCUGGACCGCGUGGACGUCCUGGACCUCCGGGUCCACCGCGAAUCCCACUGGCUUUGAAACAGGAUUUUGGUCUUGGAUUGGCCCAGCCAGUUUUUAUGGAGAUGCACACACAGAAAAUAGAGGGUCGGGGUCUGAUGGACAUGCCCAUGUUGGAUCAGGCUCCAGAGAUCCUGCGGACUCUCCAUUACCUGAGCUCUCUGGUCCACAGCCUGAAGAACCCGCUGGGCACACAAGAUCACCCCGCUCGACUCUGCAAAGACCUGCAAGGCUGCCGGGACACGCUCUACGAUGGCACUUAUUGGAUCGACCCAAACCUGGGCUGCUCCUCAGACUCUAUAGAAGUGACGUGCAAUUUCACCGGCGGCGGACGCACCUGCCUCAGGCCCAUCACCACAGCCAAGCUGGAGUUCAGUGUCGGACGCGUUCAGAUGAACUUCCUGCAGCUGCUGAGCGCCGGAGCGGAGCAACGAAUCACUAUCCACUGCUUGAACGUGACAAUCUGGAGCCACGCCCCCUCUGAGCCUCCGUCCCAGAAUGCAGUUCGGUUCCAGGCGUGGACCGGAGAGACGCUGGAGCCGGAUGUGUUAGGAGACAACUGCUGGCAACUAAACGGGCGCUGGCAACAUGCUGACUUCCUGUUCCGGGUGUCGGACCCCGCCUUACUUCCUGUCGUACGCAUAAGCAACCUACCAAAGACAACGGCCUCAUCGCGCUUUCACGUAGAAGUCGGACCUGUGUGCUUCCUUUAGUGUGUGUGUGUGAGAUUGUGAGUGUGUGUGCACUCGUCAAACACACACCGGCCCCGCCCACAGCCUGCCCCCUUCAGCAUUCAGCCACUGAUUGGACUGCAGAAACAGAAAGAGGUGGUGUGGGCGGGGCAUUGGGGGAUUUAGCACUAGAGACUCCUACAGUCUAAAGGAAAUCCCGCCUUUACCAGCCACGGAUGUCCAAUCAGAUUUGACUCCUCUAGAAACAAGCCAAUCAUCUCGCAGGGAGGAACACUCAGAACAUCCGGGACACCCUCUGUCUUUCCCUCUUCUCUUUCUCUCUCAGCCUGUUUCUUUGGUGCUUGCUUUCUUUCAAAUUAAUAAUAAUAAUAAUAAGUUAUUAUAAUACUUGUACUUUUAUAAUAAGAAUCAACAGUUUAUUGAAGAGAUGAAUUAAGAUCAUUGGGAGGUAUAAUAUGUACAUAUACACUUAUUGUUUAACUGAUCUUUUUUAUGGUAAUUUUGUCACAUGUAAAAAAAAAAAAAGAAAUGCUAAAGUGCAAUAGGAAAAUGAAGAAAAAAUAAUUGAUUAUUGAUUAUAUUAUUAAGUGUGUCUCAUUAAGGAAGGUUAUUCAGGGGUGUUGUCAGUCGAACAUAUCAUUUUAACACUCCAUCAGACAGGGAAGUGUGUGUGUGUUUGUGUAAAUGAGUUUUGGAAGUGACUGUGAAUGUGUGUGUGUGUGU